AUGCUGUCCGAUCUUCCAAGGGAUUUGGCUGAGGAAGUGCUCAUCAGGCUUCCGAUGACAUCUAAUAGAGCAGUGAGAUCUGUUUGCAAAAAGUGGAGCACUUUAUCCAAAGCUCGCCGCUUCACAAUGCAGCACAUAGCUCAAGCAGCAGCAGCAAGGGAGUUUAUGGUGGUCAUGGUGAUAAGUCAUCGGGUUUAUUUGAUGAGCCUAAACCUCGAAAAGGGCGUCGAACCAUCUGUAAACCGUCAAGGUAAACUCAUAAGCCUAGACGAUUCAGAUCGACUCGAUAUAUGUCAAGUCUACUAUUGCGACGGUUUAUUGUUUUGCCUCCCAUUCGAUGAAACUAGGUUCGUUGUCUGGAAUCCGUACUCUGGCCAAAACCGGUGGUUCAAACUACUACCUCGUCGCCGGGAAAUGUCCAGCUAUAAGUAUGCUAUAGGAUACGAGGAGAGCAAAUCUGGCCGCAGCUACAAAGUUUUGAGAUGUGGUGACUGUUCCUCAGGGUAUGUUGAGCAUGAACUCUACUACAUCAACUCUAAGGAUGCUACUGUCCCUAUCACUACCAAUCCGGACUGGCUUAUAGAGUGUACUGCACGUGGCGUGUCUCUCAAGGGAAAUACUUAUUGGUUUGCUCAGCAGGAGACGCCACCAGACCUAGAUGAUGUUAACAUAGCAGAGGUCCCUGACUUCUUGAUCUGUUUUGAUUUUACCACGGAGAGCUUUGGGCCGCAUCUAGCUCUACCGUUUCACUCUCUUUAUGAUGAUACCGUGACUCUGUCUAGCGUUAGAGAUGAGCAACUUGCGGUCUUGCAUCAGCAGCAGGAUACAUUUUGUAUGGAGAUAUGGAUUACCACUAAGAUUGAGCCUCAAGCUGUGUCGUGGAGCAAGUUAUGCUUUUUAGCGGUGGAUAUGAAACCACUCAUUGGUUAUCAAUUUGAGCCCGAUUCAGCGAGUUUCUUUGUUGACGAGUUUCUUUGGUUCCUCAGCGAGUUUCUUUGGUUAUCAAGGGUUGUUGAUUUGUUUGAAUAUCCCCGACAGUCGGAGAUGGACACAGUAGCUUAUAUCAUUGGAGAGGAUGGAUACUUCAAAAAAGAGCACUUUGGAGGAUCCUCAGACAUGCUUUUUCGCCCACGUCUGUACCCUUUUGUUCCAAGUUUAGCGCAAAUCAAACUAGGCGGCAAAAGGAAGAGGAAGAGGAAGAGACUACAAGAUGUUUGA